AUAGCAAAGACUUUUACUUUAAAGUAAAAAUUCAGUUUAUCUGAAAAUUUAUUAAUAGAUCUUUAAAAUGAUGUUUAAAUGCUGUGUACCCGGCUGCAAAAAUUACCAAAAAGAUGCUCAAAUGCAUAUUUUUCCGAAAAAUCAAGGGCUGUAUAAUGUUUGGAUUAAAAGGAUUGGCCAUCCCAAUUUACAAGAAAUUCCAAUGGAGAAGGUACGAACAUCAUGCCGUGUAUGUAAUGUCCAUUUUGGGCCAGAUGCACAAUACAUUGGACUAAUAAAUAAAUCCACUAUUAAAAAAGAUGCUAUUCCAUCUUUAUUUUUACCACUAAGUAAAACCUGUGGAAUCAUUCCUUUUGAACCUGAAGCAAUAUCAGAAUAUGCUUUUCUAUCAGAAUACACAGACUCCAUACCUCAAGACACAACUCUCCUUUUUCAAAAUGAUAUGACUGGUAUCGCUGUUGUUGGUCCUAGUAGUUCAAUAAACAAUAUCAAUUCUGGUAACUCAAGAAUCUAUGAAGAUAUUUCUGCGCUUGAAUUGUCAAAACAGUACGAUAUUGAGUCUAUAGGCCUAUCUGAAAAUGUAACAUCCUUGAUAUUAUUGGACAAAAUACAUCCAGUGCCUUGUGUCAACAAAGUUAAGACUUUGAAAAGCAAAUCUCAAACUAUAGCAAACUUUUAA